AUGAAGUAUAUUAGCCCUGAUCCGAGGCUUGUGAUCACCCAUGCUAGAGAUGCUUGCUCUGAAUACUUAGCGGUUGUCUCCAAGGUUGAUGCUAGAGGGAACCUCUCUCCUGUCCAUCAUGUCCAAGGAACCCGGUGGUCUAAACCAGGCCCAAACUACGUAAAAUUCAACUUGGAUGGCUCUUGGCUUCCUGGCACAAUGAAGGGCAGCAUUGGCAUUGUGUCUCGUAAUUCCUCUGGGGAUUGGUGUGGUGGUCUUGCCUCCCCACUUUCAUGUGUUUCAUCUCUUAGUGCAGAAGCGGCAGCAGCUCUUUGUGCUUUACAUCUUGCUAAAAACGGGGGUUUUAUGAAAGUCAUCUUGGAGACAGAUUGCAAGGUGUUAAUUGAUGGCAUCACUGGAAAUCAUGAUAACAACUCCUGGGCUAUCCUUCCUCUUAUUGACGAAAUCCGUGAUGUGGUUUCGAGCUUCGAAGAGCUGAUUUGGUCAUGGGUGCCUAGGAGUGCAAAUCGUGCGGCUCAUGCAGCGGCAUCGAUAGGUAACAGAGCUAUGGAACUGCAAAGUUGGGUCGACAGACCACCAUUGUCUCUCGUUGGGGUGUUAACUUCUGAUGGUUUGCCUUGUCCACCUCUUUUUGCUUCUGCAGUUUAG